AUGUCUCAGAAUACACAAAAUCCCGAUGGGACCUCCCCAAAUUCGUCGGCGCCGGCCGACUCCAAGAUUGAUCACGCCGCUUCGAUUAGGUAUUGGAGCAGUCUUCCUAGCACCACCAGCAAUAUGUUGGGGAUGCUUGGCACGUAUCCGUGGUAUUCGCGCAUCGAGUUGCAGGGCUCAAAGAACUUCUUGAACAAAGUCCGCCGCCUUAUACCCGCGCUUCAAUCCGAUGGCAAAUUUAACCUCGGAGUCGAUUGCGGCGCCGGUGUUGGACGCGUCACCGAGGGCUUUCUGCGUCAUGUUUGCACAGUGGUAGACGCGGUAGAACCGGUGCAAAAGUUCACCCAAGUCCUCGAAGAAGGCCAACUCAAGAAAGAUGGCGUUAUAGGAGACAUCUAUACCCUCGGUCUUGAGGAUUGGUAUCCGGAGAAGAAAUACGACCUGAUUUGGACUCAAUGGUGUGUGGGUCAUCUCACAGAUUCGCAGCUGGUUCAAUACGUGUCUCGAUGUCGGAAUUCUCUGACAGAUGGCGGGAUCAUGGUGAUCAAAGAGAAUCUAUCCACUCAUCCUGGCGGUCAAGAUAUGUACGACGACGAAGACAGCAGCGUGACAAGGACGGACGCGAAAUUCAAGCAGAUCUUUGAGGAAGCUGGAAUGGAGGUGAUCAAGGCGGAGAUCCAGACGGGAUUUCCAAAACAGUUCAAACUCCUUCCUGUCAAGUCUUACGCGUUACGACCGAAAAUCUGAGGAUCCUGUCGAAUCCACUGGGGCUUUCGAUCGAAUGCCCCUCGUCAUUGUCGACCACCUUACUUGCCAAGACAUCUGGCUCCGCAAACCCUGCUCUAAAAUCACGAUAUACUUUGUUCGGCAUGCUCAAGUUCAUGGGUUCUAUUGAUGAGUUGAAUGGGUUGAGUUCUAUGGUUAAUUAUGCUCUGCCGGUCCUGAGAACCUAUUUCGAGCUUUUUCGGUCCUCGUUAUCCUUCAAAAAGACGUGAGCGGGCCACAAUAAGCAAUGGUUCUAUGAGACCCGACACCGUGCGGGUAACUUUCCAAUGGAAAUAAGUCGGGAAAUCUGCUCUAGUUCGAAUUGCGUUCCGAAGCAAACGACAUUCGACUCUCUUACUUGAUUUGCGGAUGGGUGGAUUGCCUACCUUCGGGGUUUGCUCCAAGAAAGCCAUUGAUCACCCAGUGACUUAAAGCUAGGGAAGGCUAUGCAUGUGAAGCCCACUUCCGAAUCUGAAACUCAGUAAACAUUCCGAAGGGAUCUAUCAAUCGUGUGGAGAUGAACGCGUGGUGCCUUGCCACGACUAUUUUUCUGGGCUUGGCGACUUUGGGGCUGUCAUACUAUUCAACCGCAUGUUAGACCUGUAAUACUUGUCCAAAGAGUGAGGAAUGAGAAAUUUUCUUGCGUCCAAUUAUUGUAACCUUUGCGAGGGGUUAUUUGCCAGUAAAUAGCAAGUUAGUUCCAUGGUCUGCAACCAUCUUCGUUUUUGGGACCCCGCAGAUUUCCCGGCACUUCCUAUGAUUGAGUUAGAAAGUGCCGGAUAUUCCAAUUGAAGCGUUUCUUAAUUUCGAAGAGACAGCGCGCAAUGAGGCAUGAGACAAGGUCCACUUGCUAAAUCGGC